AUGCUAAGGCGGUUUCGCACGCGAUUCCGCCUCUGCUGUCUCGCCUGGAGUCCCGACCGGCCGCGGCGACCGCAGGCGCCGGACUCGGCCGUAGCUGGGGCGCGGUCACACCGGGACGCGCUCACCUGGCCACCUGCAACACCUGUCCGUGGCGCCAGCCGGUCGCCAGGAGGGGAGGGGUGGGGGGAGGCGGCGAGCCUCAAAAGGCGAGGCUGUGGCUGCGGCUGGCGGUCACGACAACCGCUGAGCCGCGCCACGCCACGGCUCCUCAAAUACCUGCCCAGCCCUGCCCUGCCCUGCCCGGCGCACUGCGUGCCGUGCAUUCCACCUGCAACAGCUCCUACGCAGGCGCGGCUCUCCGCAAGGGCCGACACGCAAUUUGGAAAUGGUGCGCGGCUGGCAGACGGGACAGGUGACGAGGACGGGGAGCUGGCAGGUCCGGCGGCCGCCCACGAGUGGAGCGGCCGCCGCGACUUGGCAACGCGGCCCCUGGCGCCAGGGCACAUCUGGCGGGACGGGGCGGGCCCACGCGGAAGGAGCCAGCCGGCGCCGGCCGGGCAUCUGGCCCCACACACGUGGCCCCGCCGUCUCUGUGUGAACGCCGCGCCGCGCCGCUCUGACCUCCGCACGCCCACGGCCGCUAAUGACGCCGGCGGCCACGGCUCACUGCCACUCGCUCGCCCCCUGCCGCCUCACAGGGCCGUCUCCUCCCAUUACUCACGUGCCAUUCUCGAAGGUUUCUGGACGGAGGAAAAGCUCGAACAAGAGCUAAGGUACGGCGCGUGCCGUGCGCACCUCGGGUCGAGUGCGGCUGGCGUGGCGCAGUCCCGCUGUGCGCGGCUUGGCGCCAGUAGCAGUGGCGGCAGUGUGUGCAGGUGCGGCGCGGAACACCUGGCAGCGCUGGCGGUCGGCCAGGCGCCGCAGCGCGCGGCUAAAUCUGCCCACGUAACCAGAGCCCGCCUGGAGCUGACUCACGGCGCCGCCGCCUUUACUGGCGCCAGCGCGGGGGUGCGCGCUCGUGGCGCCGACACGCCGCCGCUGUUUAUAUUUGCCCUGCCGUAUCGCCUCGCCCAGCUCGCCUCGCUGCCUUUUAUUUCUGGCGCGCACCGCCAUGCCAUCACCUUGUCGCGCUGCCGAUCGCUCCAGACUUCGUGCCAAUCGAUGUCUGCGGCGUCGGCGUCGCCCCCGGCGCUGGCCCCCGGAGCGGGGCGGCGUCGCAAGAGCUGCGCAGCCCGCGAGGGCGACGCGUCGCCCGCCGGCAAGCGCGCCCGCCACUUCCGGCCCUGGCGCGCCACGCCGCACCACGCCUCCGAGCCCGCCGCCGCAGCCUCCGCCGCCCCCGCCGCCCACGAGCACGACCGGCUGCCGCCGUCGCCACCCCCCACCUCCGGCGAAAGCCGCCUGUCGUCGCCGCCACCGCGCUGCGACCUCACGCCGCCCACGUCCAGCGCGUCGCCCACGCCACCGCCGCCCCCCGCCAAGCCUGACUCGCCCGCCCACUGCUCCAGGCUGGGGGCCGCACAGUCGCCUCCGCCGGCCGCCCUCGCUUCCUUGCAGGACGCCGACUCCCGCCAUCAGAGCACGCCGCCCACGGCGCCGCCCAUCCUGCUCAGGCUACCUCACACGCUGACACCUCCCGACGGCGCGGACGGCCCGUCGCUGAGGCAUUCACCGCCGCCUUUGCCGCCGCCGCCCACGCUGGCGCCGCCCCCGCAGCUGCUGCUGAGAGUGCCGCCCACCCACCCGUACACGGCGCUGGAGCUGCGGCCGAGCGAGCCGCUGUCGCUGGUGCUGCGCCACCAGGCGGAGCCGCCGCGCGAUUCGGCGCCGCCCCCGCGAGACGUGCCACCGCCGCCACCCACGCUCGACCCGGCGCCCCAGUCCUCACAGCAGCAGCAGCAGCAGCAGCAGGCACCGCGCAACUACAAGAACAUGACGCGCGAGCGGCGCAUCGAGGCGAACGCCCGCGAGCGCACGCGCGUGCACACCAUCAGCGCGGCGUUCGACACGCUGCGGCGCGCCGUGCCGUCGUACGCGCACGCGCAGAAGCUGAGCAAGCUGUCUGUGCUGCGCAUCGCGUCCGCCUACAUCAUGACGCUGGCGCGCGUCGCCGGCUACGACUACAGCCGCGACGGCAGCCGGCCCAGCCUGGCCGAGUGCGUGGACCAGGUGUCGCGCACCAUCCAGACCGAGGGCCGUCUGCGCCGCAAGAAGGACGACUGACGCCGGCCGCCCCCGCCGCCCCCUCCCCAUGCCUCUAGUCACGACGCUGCUGCGGCGCACUCCUCCGGCGAGCGUAGGCCCUAGCCGCCGGACCUCUCAAAACUGGGAUGUCAACACGAGACUCGAGAGUACCAGUUCCUAGACGGCAACUCCCACCCAGCAAUAUCUUCCUUGACACCUGCUGCAGAAUCGUUCCUCAACAAAAAGGGUCGAACCAUCUCUUCUGGGCUGUGAAUUCGCCAGAGAAGCUGGUUCGCCAGAUAGCAAUCGUCGUCAAUCUAGUACUUAAGGGAACACCUUGUGGUAACAGUCGCAUCACGAGAAGUGCUUUCACAAAUGCUGUAGGACCAUUUGGCAAUAAUACUGCGAUAUCAGUACAUGCCUCAAGAAGAGACGUCUAAUUACUGACCUGCAGCUACGAUGACAGUGCUCAGCGUACAGUACAUUAGCUCCACAUAGAAAUAUGUGACAAGCUCGGCAGCAGUCGACAUAUGAAUAAUAGCGACAACAGUACAGAAAGGAGAGGACCAGGGUCUAUCAAGAUGGUCAUGACAUGUCAAUUGCCACAACAGACGCCAUCGCACAAGAAACUUUUCUGCAGCCUCGCAGACAACAUCUGAUUAGCCCACAUCAAAGUUUAUGACUGAAUUUCAUGUAUGUAUAGCUUGUAAGAAACCGUCUUCGUCGUUCAUCAUCUAGUAGUGGGAAGUACCAGGUCUAUUCGUAAUUUUCUGAUGAAGACUUCACACCUUCUUCUAGUCAUAAUUCUACGAGACAACACCUCAAUUUUUCCCCAUACGGUGAUACUAGAUAUGGAAGUUUAUGACGACGCAGCUUGUUUACAGAAUUGAUUAGAGCCUGUUGGAACCCCAACAGCGCCUUUUUCUGCUCUCUACAACUCAGUUACUCUGCAUAUUCUCAUUACGACAGGCUGUGAAACAGUAGUCCACUGGUGACGUCAGCUUUACUGUUGAUGACCUUAGUGACAAGUUCACGUCUCUCAAGAAAAUACUAUAUAUUUAACUUCGUAACGGACAGGUGUCCUCAAAUGAAGACAGUCGGAAGCAGCUAAGAAUAUGGAUACAUUCUCUGAUAGUUUGAUCGCAAACGACGUGAAUACUGAAUUACGGAUAUGAAGACUUGGGUCAGUCCACAAGAUCAGCACUGAUCAACUCGUGCAGUUAUUCUUCUGGCAUUCUGACUGCCUGAGACCGCGUCGUCCAUCUUACAACCAUCUGGCCGGUGAAGACAAAUACUUUAUAAAGUUAUUUGGAAAUAAAAAAAGGGAUAUGUGCGUUGAAGAGAGAGCAAUAUUCACACGUUACAGAUUUCAUUCCAGAUAAUAACAGACGUCUCCAUAGAUACAACAUAUGCAGCGUUACAUAUCUUAAGAGAAAAGAUGCCAGAUAGUGAAUCACACGAAGUGGUCUGCAACAGUAGAAAUGUGUGAACCAUGUAGAUCUGAGAAUACCGUCAUAUUACAAGAAAAUUAAAAGACUUUACCAUUAAUUGUCGAAAGACUUACGACGCAGAACCCGUGCGUAACAAUAGAUCUGAGGGCCAUUAUACAGGGUUGGAAGAGUUGGAUCUGGUAAACGCUUGUAGCAGAAUGUUGUCCCAAUUGGAAUAACUGAAUGUAAUACAGUUGUGAACAUUACCAAAAAUGUGGAUUUUCGUCUUCUGUGAAAUCAAAUGAAAGACUGAAAAAGCGAUGACAACUGUUUUAUAAAUUUGGUGCAAGACUGCUUCUCGUAAGCUGAAAAAUAAGACUAGACUUAUUUAAAGGGCUAAGCAAAUUUUCACCAACGUUAAUUGCUACGGGAGAAGCUACAAUAUAUUUCGAUAACGUGGAGAGGAAUCGCAAGUUUUAAUGGUUUCAGUAGAAUAUUUCUUGAGCGAUGGCAACGUGCCUCUUACUGCAGUCUGUAAAUAGCUGAAUAUUGGCGAAGACUGUUGGUCCUACAGCAACUGAAGAAAACUACCGUUAUUGCCUGCAGGCUUCUGAUAUCCUAACUAUUCAGGGCUUUUUUUUUUUCUUAAUUCGUGUACAGGACGUCACGAACUUUUUUCUGUCUGUCUACAAGAAUACGCCGCACUUUGUUGCAGUGAGGUCGUACCUAACGAUCCUGGUUUAGAACUUUCCUGAUCAGUGAAGGAAGUCUGAUGUGAAGAAGUCGUCCCUCUCAUCGACUGAAAUUACUGUGUAAGAGUGUCUCUCUGAAUGUGUUUUAUGUGUUUGUGCAACUGCUGUGACAAACAAGGACAAUAUCCUACCAUCCAUUCCUAGCUGUGUAUUGUGUUAAUAGACUUCAGAUCUAUCCUGUAAAUCAAUAAGUUGUAGCGUUGGUGUUGUUCCGUAAGUUUGGUGUCAUAGAAUCUUAGUUCAGUGUCACUGCUAAUAUUUUCUGUUACGCACAGAAUGUUCUCCGCUGUGUGUUCACUAUUCCUUGGUGUAGCUCCACGCUGGACGUACGUACGUUAAUGAAAUGGAGUCGAAACGACGUCAGUCGGAAAGCUAUAUUGUUAAAAGUACCUGAGAAGAUGCAAUUUGUAGAUAAGUUGUGUGAGUCUGUAUAUAAUUUUAAUAGUUUCUAGAAUCUACUAAAACUAUAACAAAACACUAAUAGUACGUAAUUUAAGGAAAAACGAGAAAAUAUGUGUACUAAACUAAUCGCUGUAAGCAAUGUAUUGCUCACUAAAUGUUGUUUUAUUGUGAUAGUGCCUUGUGGAUGGGCUUCAGUGCGGCUCCGUAGGACUGUAGCGAAAGGUGUACUUCCUCACAGAUGAAUGAGAUUCGUCGGACAGGAAAGCGCCAUCAGAAAGAAAUUAUUUGAGUCUGUGUACUAAGUAGUCCAAGGAUACCAGUAUUCAACCGCUUACAAAAUGUGCCAAAAUUAUUACUUUUUAUAAGAUAACUAAUAUUUGUGCCAAAUUUUAAGAUUAUAAGAAUAUUUCCAACUUUUUUUUAGAGAAAGAAAAGACAGCUAUUUUCGAUACGCAAAGGCUUUAUCAGAAAGUUGAAGUCGUCUCGAACAGUCAGCGGAAUAGUUCAGAAGAUCGCAACACCGGGUAAAAAACAAGCCACCCUUGAUUUCGAUGGAAAAGGAAUGAGUUUGUGCUAUUUUGAAGUUGCGGUUCGGCUGGCAGUCCGAGACGUUGUAUAGUUUGUUUUUCAUUAUAGAAACAUAAUAAUGAGCGGAAGCAUGUUCAGAAGUCAAUUUCCGUGCCAAUCCUAUCAUUCCAACUCGGAGAUUUCUUUCGAGGUAAUUUACUCCGGAAACACUAUUUCCUUUCAGGCAUUCGUGAAAAAUUCUCACGAGAAAUAAUGAUGUCCUUUUUACAUUUGCUCCUGCCCCUACAGUUGGUUGUCCUGGAGUACUGUGCCCUCUGUAUAAUGUAGAAACCAUGGUCCUGUGUCAUAUUGUAUUUCACACUCCAGUAUCUGUUGUACAUCACUUGUUGGUGCUGUUCCAGAUCGUUGUGCAAUGCUGUAUUAGGGAUUAGUACUGUUGCACAACGCUGUAGAAUGACUAUUGCAGUACAUCAGGGUGCAGACUAAACUAUGUUGCUAAUCUUUCAGUUGCCUCCCUUUUUCUGUACACAGUAGAGUAUACUGUGCAAUGCGGUACUGUAACACCUUUCUAAAUUUAGUUACUGUGUAUCCUGAAUUUUAUUACAUUGAUCUACACUGUAGAGCUCUGUGAUAUGAGUUGUAGUGUGUGGUAGUUCCAUAGAAUUGUACUGUAUGGUGCUGGACGUGUCAUUGCUGCACUGUUCUGUUGCGUUGACUGAUGGCUCACUUGGUAUCAGUGUGUUAACGUGUUAUGCUGUUAGGGAGGCAUGGGUGCUAUGUACUGUUUUUGUGUACUGCCGUCCUGGUCUUUGGCCGGGCCAACUACAGACAAUAAUAAAGCUGCCUUCUUG